ACCGCCCGCCCACCAGCGCAAACCCGGACCAAUCAGAAGGCGCUUUUCACUUCCGCCUUGUGACGCUCGGAGCUCUCGUUUGGAAGUCUCGCGAGACAGGAGAAACGGUCCCACACCUCAUAUCGCUCCGGGUGGAACGCAAAGAACUGAGACAUUUAGUUCCGGGAAACAAACGUUCCCCCCUUUUUCCCGUUAUAGAUUUCUCAAAUGAACGGAACAAUAGGGAGAAUGGAGCAAUAGUUAGAGGGCUCCCCUUUCGACACUGUAUCUCACAAACAAUCGCCAUUUUGUGUUAAUGCAGAGGAGGAAAAGCCCUUCAGUCAGUCCUGACAGCUCUCCUUUUGCAGCCCAGAGAGGGUUAAAUGCAAAGAGAGGGAGGAGGAGGAGGAGGAGGGCAAAGAAGGGCUAAGCUAGCCUAGUUCCCAGCAUGCCUUCACAAAGUGGGUGACACACACAACACACACGCACACACACACAAAGAUGGCUGCUCCCAGGAGCUGCUGCUGCUGGGAGUAAUUCCUUUCUUUCCCUGGUUCUAGAAAGCCCUCCUGCUGCUGCUCCUGGGGGUUUGCAGAAGGAAACAUGGAGCUGCCCAUGGAGGCCUGGGAUGGCCUUUGUGCUCCCCUGACCUUCUUGUGGCUCAACCGCUUCUACCUCUAUUCAUGCGCCGCCUUUGGCCUCAGCCUUUGGAUCUGCGUCCAGCUCCUCAGCAAAUCCAAAAAGCAGGAUGAAAGUCAGCUUGAAAAGCCAAGGCUUUUGCCAAACCCCGCUGUUGAAGAAGACCGGAAGGAGAUUGAUGCCGACAAAGUCUAUGUCACCGGUGUGAAGGUUUUUUACGGUUCCCAGACCGGAACAGCAAAGAGGUUUGCGUCUAGACUUCUCGAUGCUGUAGCCUCCUUGAAUUUGCCGGCAGAAGUUAUUGACAUGAAAGACUACGAUCCAGACGACUCUCUGGUUGAUGAGGCAAACGGCCACAAUAUCUGCGCGUUCCUGGUUGCGACAUACGCUGAUGGGAAGCCGACGGAGAAUGCGGCCUGGUUCUGCAAAUGGCUGGAAGAGGCGGCCAAUGAUUUCCGGGUCAGCAAGACCCACCUGAAAGGCCUGCGCUACGCCAUCUUCGGUUUGGGGAACUCGUCGUACGUGGAUCACUACAACACUGUGGGCAGGAACCUUGACAAGUGGCUGUGGAUGCUGGGCGCACGGCGGGUCCUGUCUUUUGGAAAAGGGGACGCGGACGUGAUUCGGAGCCAACAUGGCAGCAUCGAGGGAGACUUUGAGGCCUGGAAGGCCAAGUUCCUCACCAGGCUCCAGGCUCUCCGAAAAGGGGAGCGGAAGGCCUGCAGCGGGAAGUGCAAGAAAGGGCAAUGCAGACCCCGGCGGAAGGUGGCUCCGGAGACGGCCAUCGUGGAGGAGAAGGAGGACGAAGGGAGCCCUAAACAUGGAGAGAGAAAGUUGAUUCAGCAGCAAGAAGAGGAACUCUUUGAAACCACAAGUGAGGAAGAGUCCGGCGGCGAAGAGGGAGACGUGGGUGCAAACAGUGUGGUGGAUGUUGAGGAUUUGGGCGAAGUGAUAGGGCGCAUGAAGAAAGCCCAGAGAGAGCGUGAUCUGGAGGAAGAGGCGGCCAAGAAGGCUGGAUCCCAGGAGGAAGGCCAGGAUGAGAGGAGGGAGAUGAUCACGCCGGCUUUAAGGGAGGCCCUCACUAAGCAAGGUUACAGGUUGAUCGGGAGCCAUUCUGGAGUGAAGCUUUGUCGGUGGACCAAGUCAAUGCUUCGUGGCAGAGGAGGCUGCUACAAACAUACCUUUUACGGCAUCGAAAGCCACCGCUGCAUGGAGACCACCCCUAGCUUGGCUUGUGCCAAUAAAUGCGUCUUCUGUUGGAGGCACCACACCAACCCAGUGGGCACAGAGUGGCGCUGGAAGAUGGACCAGCCAGAAAUGAUCUUGCAGGAGGCCAUAGAGAACCACCGGAACUUGAUCAAACAGUUUAAAGGGGUCCCCGGAGUGAGAGGCGACCGCUUCGAAGAAGGGUUAGAGGCCAAGCAUUGUGCCCUGUCUCUGGUUGGGGAGCCCAUCAUGUACCCCCAGAUCAACCAGUUCGUACGGCUUCUGCACCGGCGCAACAUUUCAAGCUUUCUCGUGACGAACGCUCAGUUCCCUGAGGAAAUUCGGAACCUCGAACCCGUCACCCAGCUGUAUGUCAGCGUGGACGCCAGCACCAAAGAGAGCCUGAAGAAAAUCGACCGGCCGCUCUUCAGAGACUUCUGGCAGAGGUUCUUGGACAGCUUGCGAGCCUUGGCUGAAAAGAAACAGCGCACGGUGUAUAGACUGACAUUGGUGAAAGCGUGGAAUGUGGACGAACUGAAGGCUUAUGCCGAGUUGGUGUCUCUUGGGAAGCCGGAUUUUAUUGAGGUCAAGGGAGUGACCUACUGCGGGGAGAGCUCCGCCAGCAGCCUGACGAUGGCCAACGUCCCUUGGCACCAAGAGGUCACCCAUUUUGUCCAAGAGCUGGCGGAUCUGCUCCCGGACUACGAAGUCGCCUGCGAACAUGAGCACUCCAACUGCCUCUUGGUUGCGCACACAAAGUUCAAGAUUGACGGAGCCUGGCACACCUGGAUCGACUACGAUCGCUUCCAAGCGCUGGUCCGCGAAUACGAACGGAGCGGUGGGACGGAGACCUUCACCGCAUCCGACUAUGUGGCCCCGACUCCAUCAUGGGCUACUUUUGGGUCCAUCGGACAGGGCUUUGACCCAACAGACACCAGAUUUCAACGGAGGAACAAAGCUAAGGACAUCUCGGGCUGCUGACACUUGUGUUUUUGGGGACGCGACAAACCUCCCUGUAUUGGGAAGGACUUGAAGUCAAGGACUGUGGCCCCAAGAUCAGGGUCACAUUGGGUGCCCUGGGACCGACUCUGUGGCCUCUGAGACCCCCAGACCUUCCUGAAAACAUGGAACAUUUUGGGUACCAAAACCUCCAAACUCCAUGUUGGUUUGAGUCUUCUUGUUCUUUUUGUUAAACAGAUGGUUGUAUUUCAGCCAAAUCACCCCAAAGGAAUUGAUUUUAUGUCCCUUUUGGCCACAGCUUUGCGGAGAUGCAGGAACAAUCCCCAAAGUUUCCUAUCCCUUGCCUUGGAUAAAGGUCAGCUUUUGCGCCCGCGUUCGAAAAUCUGCGUGCAAAACCCACGGAGGACAUUUUGGGAACCGUGGAACAAAAGGGCCAAAACGCUCUGCGGAAAUGAUCCAAGCUUAAAACCGCUUUAACUGCCCUGGCUGCGGACUCCUGGGAUUUGUAGUUUAGGCUUUCUGAACGUCUCACGAAACUCACUAACGUUGAGCCAAGUGUCGAAACUGGAUUAUUUCCGCAGUGCGUUUUGGCCCGACGUCGAGCCGAUUUCUCCUCUUGGAAUGAUCUGUGUUUUCGGAGGCGCAGUCGGGGAAUUGCGUGUGUUCAAAUGGAAUAAAAAUGUAUUUCUUCUAGUCUAUUAAAAUAUAUAGUGUUGUUUUUUAUUUUAACGUGUAAUUGGUAUCUGCUUUUCUCUUUGUUUUGAUGCUCCGAAAGGGAUCCUGGAGGCAGCCGCUGUUUUCCUUUGGAGACGUAAGUACCUCCAGGGAGAACCAGAAGACAAAACACAUUACUUUUAUUGUCAGACCUUUUGUUGGCGGAAGUAGGACAAAUGUUAAAAAGCCUUUUUUAAGUGAUGUCUCUUCCCCAAAUACAAGUCC